UCUACAUAGACACAUAUAUAUACAGUACCGUCAUAUAUGGAUUCAUCAAAUGUUGGCAAUGGAAUGAGAGUGUUGAUGUUCCCAUGGCUGGCUGUGGGACACAUCACGCCAUAUUUGGAGCUCGCCAAGAAAUUAUCCGACAGAGGCUUUUCUGUCCAUCUUUGUUCCACCCCAAUUAACCUCAGUUUCUUCACAAACAAGAUCCCCCACAAAUACUCUUCUUCAGUCCACUUUGUGGAGCUUCACCUGCCAGAAUUACCAGACCUCCCUCCUCACUACCACACUACCAAUGGCCUCCCGCUCCAUCUCAACUCCACCCUCCAUAGAGCCCUCAAAAUGGCCGAACCCACUUUCUCCGACAUCGUGGGAACCAUGAAACCACACUUGCUCAUCUAUGACACUUUGCAGCUAUGGGCAGGAGCAGUAGCCAAAUCACACAAUGUCCCGGCCGCCCUAUUCAUGACGUCUAGUGCCGCCUCAUUUUCCUACACGUUCCACACAUUUUCCCGGCCGAACACGAAGUACCCUUUUCCGGAAAUCUCUCUAAGCGUUUACGAUCAAGGGAGGUUUCUGGAGAUGGUUGAUCACGGAAGAAGCAGCAGUCGUGGUAGCGAGGAAAAAGACACGAUUUUGUUGAGUACCUCCAGAGAAAUAGAGGGGAAUAAGUAUGUGGAUCAUGUGAGCGAAUUAAGAGGUUCCAAGGUCUUCACAAUUGGUUCUUUAGUUCAGCAGCAUCAUCAGGAUGAAGGGCGUUUUGGACCGUUGAUGGAAUGGUUAGGAACGAAAGAGGAGAAAUCGACCGUGUUUGUUUCUUUUGGGAGUGAAUAUUUUCUUUCUGAAUACGACUUGCAUCAAGUGGCUGUUGGGUUAGAGAAAAGUAAAGUCAACUUUAUAUGGGUUGUUAGGUUUCCUAAAUCAGUAAGUGAGACGCCAUUAAAAGCCCCUGAUAAUCUUUUUCAAGCGGCACUGCCACAUGGAUUUCUUGAGAGGGUGGGAGAUAGAGGGAGGGUGGUGGAAGGAUGGGCACCACAGGCAAGAAUUUUAUCACACCCUAGUAUAGGAGGGUUUGUGAGCCAUUGCGGAUGGAAUUCUACUAUGGAGAGCAUUGACUAUGGUGUUCCAAUCAUAGCCAUGCCCAUGCACCUUGACCAACCUUUAAAUGCUAAAUUGAUUGUGAGUAUUUGUGUAGGAAUUGAGGUUGAGAGGGAUGAAUCUGGAAAGUAUCAUGGUGAAGACCUAGCUCGAGGUUGUGAUGAGAUUGUUCUUGGCAAAGCUGCAGAAAAAAUUCGGACAAAUGUCAAAGUAAUGAGUAAAAACGCAAGGGUCAAAAGUUUGAAAGAGAUGGAUGAGGUUUCUAUUCAACUAGCGCAAAUUUGCUUUUCACAUUAAUACACAUCAUACUAUAUUAUAU